GAGGACCGAUGCCAUGAACUCCACGCUCAGCCCCCUUGACUCCUCCUUUAUCUCCCAAGCGCCCGUGAAGGACACGUUCGCAGCCGCGCUGGUAAAGAACGUGGUCGCGGUGCUGGUGUGGCUGACCCUGAGCCUGACGAACGGCACCAUGGUGCACACCUUCCUGAGGCACCCCCUCUUCUCCGAAGACCCCCGCUACAUCCUCUUCAUCUCCAUGGUCGUCAACGACGCCAUUCAGCUGACGCUGCUGACCGCGCUGUACGUCGUCAGUUACGUCUUCUACAAAGUCCAGGCAUCCGGCUGCUGCGUCCUGGUCAUGUGCGCCGUGCUGACCACCAGGAACACCCCACUGAUCCUGGCUGGCAUGGCCAUCGAGCGCUACGUCGCCAUCUGCCACGCGCUGCACUACCAGCACAUCUGCACCCUCCGCCGGACGCUCCUCCUGCUGGGACUCGUGCUGCUGCUCGGGGCUGCGCCGCCACUCUCCGACCUGCUCAUCACCCUGGCGGUGGAGCGGCCCGACUUCUUCCUCUCCUGGAUCUUCUGCGACCACUCCCUGCUCUUCAGGGACCCGCGCAUAUAUUACAAAAACUGUGCCUUCGACGCCACCUACUUCUCCUUCGUGUUCCUCACCCUGGUGUACACGUAUGUCAGGAUCGUGCUGGCGGCCAGGGCUGCCUCCACAGACCGGGCGUCGGCGAGGAAGGCCCGGAACACCGUCCUGCUGCACGGCCUGCAGCUCCUGCUCUGCAUGCUCACCUUCGUCAUGCCCUCCAUGCAGGCAUUCCUGCUGCUGCUUUUCCCUGGAAAGAUCCUGGAAAUUCGCUAUGUCAACUUCCUGCUGGUGUACAUCAUUCCCAGGUUUCUGAGCCCCAUGAUCUACGGGUUUAGGGACGAACGGUUCAGGAAAUACUGGAGCAGGUGCUUCACCUGCAGCAUCGGGAAGAUAAAGACAGAGAACAAACGUUCUCAUCAAUGACUCCUCACAGACAUGAUAUCUGAAUGAAAUAGUUCAGCUCCCAGUCAAUAAACACUUAAAAAACAUUGGUAGA